AAAGCCGGAAGUGUUUAAGUUUCCUGCGUGAGGAGUGAGCAGGAAGGCUUUUUUGUUUGAAAAGGCUUCAUUUAGAGUUCUGCGUUGAAUCUUUUUAAAAUCUGCGACACCGUCUGUGGAAGCUCACACCUGUGCGGGCUGAAAGUGGAGUAAUAUCUCCGAGUAAGAGCGCAAUUUAGCGCGGAAGCAUACAUCGAUCGUGAGCCGAGUGUGUGAGCUGUGGCAGUAACAAUGCCUUCAGUUCAGUCUCUGAGAGAGUUUAUCAACGAGCGACUAACUGCUGCUGCUGAACAAAUAUUCUUGGAGUUUGAAAAAACGAUCGUCCAGUACGAGGAAGAGAUCGACCGUCAGCGCAGACUGCUGGAUAUCACCUGGAAACCCCAAAUCAAGCUGCACAGGACAGGUGUCCCACAGCAGCAUGUCUGUGAGGAGGAGGAGGUUCUCCCUGAGCUGCAGCUCUGGAACCAGGAGAGGAGCUCCAGUCUGGACCAGGAGGAACCAGAACCUCCACAGAUUAAAGAGGAACAGGAGGAACUGUGCAGCAGUCAGGAGGGAGAGCAGCUGGGACUGAAGGAGGAGACUGAUACCUUCAUGGUGACUGCUGCUGAGGAAAGUGGGUACAGUGAACUUGAACCAACAUGGGAGCAGCUCCUCUCUCACAGCUCUGCUGGAGCUGAGAGUCAGCAUCAGGAAGGAAGCGGGAGCGCCGACUCAGGAUCCACUAGAAAUCGAAACAUUAGUCACAGCAACAAUGCAGAUCGCCCUCCUGUGUCAUACAGUCAGUGUAACAGCAAUACUGGUGAAAAGUCUAUAAAAUGUGAUGUUUGUGGAAAAUCUUUUAAGUAUAAUUCCAGAAUGAAGCGACAUUAUUCGAUGCACACAGGUGAGAAGCCGUAUUCUUGUGACAUAUGUGGAAAAGGUUUUUCUCAGAGGGAUAAUUUGGCUGUGCACAUGAGAAUACACACGGGUGAAAAGCCGUAUCCUUGUAUUGCAUGUGGGAAGAACUUUACUAUAAGGAGUAAUUUGUUGAUCCACAUGAGAAUCCACACAGGCGAGAAGCCGUCUUCUUGUAAAACAUGCGGGAAAAUGUUCAGGUGUCACAGUCAUUUGUGGCGCCACAAGAAAAUUCACACGCGGCAAAAGUCUUAGAGAAAAAUGAUAAAUAUCCAUCCAAGGAUUCACAGAAUCUCAGAGCAGAGCUUCCAGAUUUACAAACCUUCACACUGCUCCAUCAUUUUAUUACAUGUCACACUGUGUGAGAUCAGUCUAACAACAGAUGUUGUCCAUUUGUGUCAGCCUGCAGAGUCUCGUGGAGGCUUUUAAAUGCUCAAGUGAAAACACGAUGAAGGUCUUUUAUUUAAAAUGUACUUUGGAAAAAGUCAAAUUAAAGG